CGUUCCUAUUUUUCGUUUUUUGUUUUUGCUCAAUCCGGUGGAAAUCAGCCCGUCGUCUUUGCCAGCAUCACACAUUCCGGGCGCUUUGCUCGCUUCAAUCAGUAACUUCUGGCGUCGGACCACGGUCGUUUCCUUGUUGAGAUGCCGCAUCUUCAUCUGCUCAUUAUUGUCUGCUUCUAGUUGGCUAUGGCGAAUUCCAAGGGGACAGCGAACAUCAGAAAUUUGAUGUGCUCUGGGAGACAUCCUUUGCUGCCUCCCAAAAGUCCAUUUCCCAGCGUUUCUUCAUCAUAUGCUGAUUACAUACCAAGUGCAGCGAAUGGAUCAAAAGCUGUGCAGAAGCCAAGGGACAGUUAUGUGCACCACCACCGAACAUCCUCUGAGAGCCUUGUAAUAGAUGAGCAACCAUCCUGGCUUGAUGAUCUACUCAAUGAGCCAGAAACUCCAGUACGAAGAGCCGGUCAUCGGCGUUCAUCAAGUGACUCCUUUGCAUAUGUAGAUGUGGCUAAUUUUUCUAAUCUAGAUUAUGCAGCCCAUGAUGAGUACGCGUUAAAAAACAUGGUAUCGGUACCUUCUUGGGGAGCUCAAGAGUUUGAUCACUAUCGAGAUGGUCGUCAUUCUUCUUUCCCUCCAGAAGCAAGCUCUGUUAAGCAGAGUAGUAGGGUUUGGGAAUCAUCUCUGAAUAAGGUUGCUCCCCCAAGUGGUGUGACUUCUGGACCGUCGUAUUCCUCGCAAGAGAUAGAUAGGGCUCCUUCUGGAGCAAGUGAGAAGCAAUGUCAGGUUGAAUCCAAUUCCAAUGAUUCAAAAUCUUCCGAGAGAAGGGACAGUUCGCAUACCAAGCCUUCUGCAUCAGACACUGAUACAAAACGUGCUAAACAGCAAUUCGCUCAGCGUUCACGAGUGCGGAAACUUCAGUACAUUGCUGAAUUGGAAAGGAAUGUGCAAGCUUUACAGGCAGAAGGGUCAGAAGCAUCGGCCGAGCUUGAGUUUCUAAACCAACAAAAUCUCAUUUUGAGCAUGGAAAACAAAACCCUAAAGCAACGAUUAGAAAGCUUAGCUCAAGAGCAAAUGAUAAAAUACUUGGAGCAUGAGGUUUUAGAGCGGGAGAUAGGAAGGCUAAGAGCACUGUAUCAGCAGCAGCAGCAGCCACCGCAACAGCAGCAGCAGCAGCACAAGCAACCGUCUUCCAGUCUUCGACGCACCACCAGUAAAGAUCUUGAUACACAGCUUGCUAAUCUCUCUUUGAGACCCAAAGAUGCCAAUUCUGGCCAAGACACUGUGAGUGGUCCACUGCGCACUUAAGUUGUGGUGUCCCCCUUUUAUCAUGCCUCCAUUUGGAUUUGCUUGUGUCCAUGCCUUCAUGAGCUUGUUGGAUCUAAGUUGUGCCAGGUAAGCGUAGGCUCCUACAUCCCGGCACCAUCUCUCCCCAUUACGUGCCCUCCUUUUCAACUCUUAAGCCUAAUCUUUGACUGAGCAGUACCUUGAGCGCCUGGUUGUCAUGGCUGGAAAAUCUGUUCUCUGCCCGCUGACAUACCUGAGGUGGUUACUUCAAGCAGUUUGGAAAUGCACUUGCUCCUGUAUGUUUACCUAAUUGUAGUUUUUGUUAUCUACUCCAUUCUUCUCGCGGCUGUUUGUAGAAUUUAACGUAGUAGGAAAUUUCCUUGGGCUGCAUAGAUGUGCAAUUUUUUGUAAUGCAAGAUGGUGAGAAAGCUUUGUUUGAGCAGUCUAUUAAGUCAGUGUCCUGUCUUGUUCAAUUCUGAUUGGGCUAUGGAAAGACAUACUGGAUAUUCAUCA